GGAACUCACACCUGUCACCUGGUCUCUGAAUACAGGAAGAGACUCAGACUGACUAGCGACCGAAGCUCUGAGCACCUGGAAAGGAAUAAGUGGGACAGGGCAUGGCAUCUACCAUCUCUACCAUCAGCCUCGUCUCCGAGAGGCACUUCCUGUGCCCGCUGUGUAAGGACAUCUUCAGCAGUCCCGUGACUACUCCGUGUGGCCACAGUUUCUGUCAGGACUGCCUGUGUGGGUACUGGACCCGGCACCGUUCAGACUACUGUCCCCUCUGCAAGAGGUUGUUCCAUUCCAGGCCAGACCUUAGUGUCAACCGCAUCCUGGCUGACGUCUGUGACAACUACAGGAAGACACGGCCUGAGAGCCCUGAGGAGAGCCACGACACGCUGCAGGUUGUAGACAUUGACCAGAUGAUCCAGGAGCGAUUGAAGAAAGUCGACAGACUCAGACACUCCCUGCAGCUCCUCAAAAACUCGUGUGUGAGGGAGGUGCGUGAGAGCCAGAAGGUGUUCUCUGCCCUUGUCAGUUCCAUGGAGAAGAGCCACAAGGCCGUGGUGGCAGCCAUUGAGGAGAGACAGGGGGAGCAGGAGAGGAUUGUUGAGAAGCUGGUGAAGGAGCUGGAACAGGAGAUUCUACAGCUGAGGAAUGGAGACACUGACCUGGGGCCUUGUCAUUCUCAGCAGAGCCAUGAUGAGCUCUGUGGUGGUCAGAAGAGUGUUGCAGUGAGCACCACUUCCACCACGGGCUACUCUGAGAGGAGGGAUUGGUCCAAGGUUUCCAUGGAGAUGGACCCCUGUAUGGGCGUGACCAGGAGAGCAGUGUCAGACCUGAUGGACAUGCUUAAAGGAGAGCUCUGUAGACUCUCUAAAGCUGAGCUGAAGAAAAUACAGAAAUACACAGACAUCUCCCUGAGUCCCAAGACGGCCCACGCCUUCCUCUCGGUCUCAGACGACCGGAAACAGGUGCGACACACAGACAAACGCCAGGAGGUCCCAGACAACCCCAAGAGGUUUGACCGCGUGGCCAACGUCCUGGGAAGAGAGUCCUUCAGCAGCGGCAGGUACUACUGGGAGGUGGAGGUGGGAGAGAAGAUAGAGUGGAACCUGGGCGUGGCCAGACAGUCCAUCAACAGAAAGGGGAAGUUUACAGUCAGCCCAGCCAAUGGCUUCUGGACACUGAGCCUAAAGAGCGGGGGUCAAUACGUAGCUAACACCUCCCCCACUGUCACCCCCGUGGGCCUGGAGCAGAAGCCCAGGAAGGUGGGGGUGUUUCUGGACUACGUGGAGGGCCGAGUGUCCUUCUACUGCGCGGAGACUGGGGUUCACAUCCAUACGUUUACAGAUGGCUUCACUGAUAGACUACAUCCACUCUUUAGUCCUGGGAGGCAACAUGGGGGCAGGAAUAUCGCUCCUCUGACUAUUAGUACUAGCUUCUGUAGCAUCUGAGCCCCCUGACUUAACCCCCACGCCUGGAAUAGUAAUUUAAUCAUGUCAUUAGGUAGCCUAGUGUAGAAUAAGGCUCACUCGGUCCUCUCUCACGUCUGCAUUUUCAGUUGGAUAAAUCGACUUCUUUCCUAAUAUUGAGUUUAUGCAGUGUCUGUGUUAUCCGGCAAUGAGCUGGGUAAUCAAUAGUAAUGCUAUCAUUUAUUUUAAUUAUAAUUUAUGACAGUAUAUAUGAACCCUCAAAUGUAUAUUUUUUAGUGUUGACUUAAAAAAAAUUCUGUGCAUCAUUAAAAAAUCUGUAAAUUAUUCACAUACUUUCUAGUUCUAGAAUGACUGAGUCAUUUCAUAAACCGUGCCGCAGGCCCUAACUAUUUGUUUGAUAACAAGAAACCUUGACCAUUCAUGUAUCAACCUUGUCCAGUCAUGCUACCUAGCUAACAGCUGGCCAACAGCUGGCUAACAGCGGGCCAACAGCAGGCUAACAGCGGGCUAACAGCUGGCUAACAGCUGGCUAACAGCGGGCUAACAGCGGGCUAACAGCGGGCUAACAGCUGGCUAACAGCGGGCUAACAGCGGGCUAACAGCGGGCCAACAGCUGGCUAACAGCUGGCUAAUAGCGGGCUAACAGCUGGAUAGAUACUCCAGGUGAUGUGUUGAAAGGUAGGAUCGAUCAUCUCUUUUUCUGGUCCCCUGUGACUGUCUGGUGCCCCUAACUUCUUAAAGGUCCAAUGCAGACAUUUUGAUUUAAAUGUAAAAUAAUUUCUGGGUAACAACGAAGUGUCUAACUGUGAUUGUUUUCAAUUGAAAUGGUCAAAGAGAAACAAAAAAUUAGCUUCUAAAAAAAAGGGAGCAAUUUCUCAAACAAGAAUUUUGCUAGGACUGUCUGGGAGUGGUCUGAGUAGGGGAGGGGGAAACUGAAGACUAGCUGUUAUUGGCAGAGAGGUUUGGAACUCUCUUUCUUAUUGGUCUACUACCAAUUUACGAGCUGGUGAUGUCACCAGGCAGGCCAAAACUCCAUCCCACCAGAACAGUCUUUUUAAACAGCUCGUACACUACAAGGGCAUUAUCAUACAUUUCACAAAUUGCACAGAUUUAUUCCAAUCUCAUAUAAAAUAUAUAUAAACACAGAAAGGUCUAGUUUUUGAUUGAACUGGGCCUUUAAAGUUGUCAGCACCACACGUGCUCCCACCCACUACAAGACUAUCCACUCACUAUCCACCCACUACAAGACUAUCCACUCACUAUCCACCCACUACAAG